AUGGUAGAGGAAGAAGAUUAUGAUGAAGAGUUUGUCCUGGAGAACAAAACGGGCUCCAGUCCCAGAGGUAGGCCUAGAGAGUCGAGAACUAUGUCUGCAAUGAGUCGGAGAACUGAACUAGAUCAGCCUAGACCCUUGUCAGCUGACCGUCAAGAGAAGAAUCUUGGGGAGCCUAGGAGUUUAUCUGCUAGAAGAAGUUCCCUUGACGAGAUGGGUUCCAUCAGUGUAAUAGAUGGUGACCUUAGUCCCAGUACUAGUAGUCGGAGAAGGUUUGUGUUUGAUCAUCUCUGGGGUAUACCUGGAGAUACAGGAGAUACUCAGCUUAGGUUUCUUCAACAAAUUAAUAAAAAGAAGGAGGUUGAGUACAUAGUCCUGACAGGACGAGAGAAGAAUGAGAAGGAUGAAUCCUGGUACUGGAGAACAUUUUCGUCCUACUGCAUUCAUUCGUCCUGGCAUGGUUUCAAGUAUCUUGUGUACUGCAAGAAGCAUUUAUCGGAGAGGAUAAUAUGGUUCCUCCUGUGUCUGGCAGGUUUAGCUGCUGCUAUUGUUCUCAUGGUUCUUGGUACUACAGAGUUCAGGACGGAUAAUGUGGUCCUGGAUAUCUCCGAGGAUUAUAUCCCCCGGUUUCCUGAUCUAAUUCUCUGUCCUGUAUUCACUAUUAGCAAGAAAGAUGAAGUUGAGAAGCUCCUUCCUCCGAUGAAACUUCUUUGGGACAGUUAUCCUGCUCCCAACGCAGGGUUUUCCCAACCGAAUAGCCUACCCUGGAGAAACGAAACCUGGCCGGUUCAACAGCUCUUCUCUAGGAUACUAAGGGUUGGAGCAGGGCUGGGAGGGUCGGAUUGCUCGGAUAUUGUAAAAGAAUGUUUGAAGGAUGGGAUAAAGAUGGAUUGCUGCUCUUCCUCCCAAGUGUACGAGGGAGAACAUGGAACCUGUAUAAGGAUCCAAGGUCUAGGCUCUGAGAGAGAUAGAAAAGGAAAUGAAAACUUGAAAAUAAUCUCUGGAGAUUUGAAAACUGUUUCUAAAAAUCUCAAUAUCAGUGUACUGCUUGGGAGCGUAAAAUCAAGGAGAAUUGGUCCACCGAUAGUUUCUGCAAAAUAUUUUGCUAGUUCAGGACUCUGUGACUCUCAGUGGGGAGAUAAAGAAGCACGGGUAUUUUGUCGGAGUUUAGGGUUUAGUGGUGGAAUUAAAUACAAGGACGAGGUUAGACCUACUCCAGGUCCUGGGUUUGGUCAGCUCCUGGGUAGGUUCAACUGUAGAGGAGAUGAGAUCAAUGUUGGAGAUUGCAUCCGGGAUACUCAAUAUAUGCCAGAUGAUUGCAGUACACCAACCAGUAGUACAGUACAGUGUGACCCAGGAGGUUUAAAUGGAGAACAUAAACAAACAAAGACGAGCGGAGCUCCGUUCUUAAAAUAUGGAUCAGGAGAAAAAUAUUUUUGUAAAGAAGGUUUCGGGGAUUUAGAAGCAACAGUAUUCUGCAGAAUGCUUGGCUGGAGUGUUGGGAAAAUUAAACCAAACCAAACACUUCGAAAUCCAGUAGUGUACACAGCUUCAUGUACAGGAACUGAGACGCAUAUCCUGGAUUGUAAGACCAACUAUACGGAGAGCGGAUUGUCCUGUGACUCCGUCUGGAUUGAAUGUUCUCCGGGGUUUCCUCUCCGGCUCCGACUUGAUAAUCCUCUCCCUACUCUCAGUUUCUCCGAAGUUGGACUCGGGAUCGGGAAUUCUACAGCAGGGUAUCCAGUUGUAGAAACUACGGGUGCUCCGGUCUACAUCUGCAACAGUGGAACCAACCACCUGGUUCCAGGUCUAGUUUGUAGAUCUCUAAGAUUCCAGCAGGGUUCAAGGCUUAGUCCAGCACUCUUCAGGAGAAUAGAAACUACUCCGCCAGUUUUUGGGUUUCAGUAUGUCAGAUGCUUAGGAGAAGAGAGUUCAGUGUUCUCAUGUGAUCUGUCUCCCUGGGGUGUACACGGAUGUAAAAGUGAGGAUCUGUUUACAGUGCUGUGCUAUAAUGGUUCUUCAGUGGGAGAUAUAGUCCCGGAGAUAAAAACCGAACCCGUCCAGACCAAUCUUCUUAACAGAGUGCAAAAUAUUUUCAACACUCCAGAUCUGAGGAUAGUUAACCCCAUUGUGAAACUUGGAACUCUUGUAGCUCCGAUCUGUAAUUUUGGGGCGAGUUUACAAUUGGUCGAGCUCGUUUGUAAACAGGAAGGACAUCAUUGUGGGUUCAUCAACACAAACAAAACGUACACUACUCAAAAUAUAUCAGUCGUCUCUGAAAUAAGUUGUGGAGCAAAUGCGCAAAACUUAAAAGAAUGCCAUGUACAGCUGUCAUCUUCUUGUGGAGAUGAUCGUCUUCUUUCGAUCACCUGCAUCAAUAAGGAGAGUCCUCUCUACCAAGAAUGUGUUUUCCUAUCUUCUAAAGGAGCAACUGGAGAUAUAACCAGGAGUUUGAAGGUUCGGUUUAACUCAAUUGGAAGUAAAGAUGAGUGUAACAACAAGUUCCUCAAAGCUUUCAUACAUUCAGAUGAAGCAAGUAAUGAAAUUAGAAUCCAGGAUUCAAGAUCUCAGCUUAUAAACAUUAAAACAAUCUCAACCGACAGGGAAGUGGGAUGUGAGAAGAGUGAAAACUAUGACCAAAGAAUCUGUCAACAACAGUGUAAGGCUCGGAUCUCUGAGUGUCUGUGUGAUUGUGCUCCCUACUCCUUGAUCCCUCUUCAUCUACUAGGAUCCCAGGUUCACAACACUGGAUCAGGAUACAUCCGUCCUUGCUCCAAUAUAACCUGCUAUUCUAACCUUCACAAAUCAGUUUGGUUAGCUCCGUACAAUCUACCAUUAGCACUAAGGAUUUCUGGAGCAGCUGGUAUAGAUGGUGAGAGUUCCUGCUCCGGGGUUCAAGAUUAUUGUUCAUGUCCUCCUCCCUGCUCCCAUACACAGUUCUCCUCUCAGAUAAUUUGGGAGAAACCGUGUGCUGAGACUAGCCUGGAGAUGGUUCUAGAUCCUACCAGCACCGUCUCUAGAAGGGUGGCUAGACGCUCAACAUGGAUAGAUGAUCUUGUCAGGUGUGGAGCUGUGUUCUCUCUUCUCACGGGAUUAAGUUUAAUUUCUCUUUUGGAGAUUUUAUAUUUUCUCACCUGGAGACUGUACGAGGAGUAUACCAGUGAUACCAAGAAUGUGAGAGGUGGAACUAUGAAGAACGAUAGAUCUGAGUAUAGGAGACAGGAUGACAAGUUGAAGGGUUACUCCGGAGAAGAGUUCCAAACCUCGUCAUCUAUUGCAUCCGCCUGGUUGGAGUGAUAAACAAUUAUUCAUAAUUUUAACUUAAAGGGACUCUUGGCGAAAUUUAAAUUGUCUCUCCAUUUAAAGAGUAGCGUGUCCGCUGCAAAAAGACCCUUUUUUAAAUGUUAAGUCAGUUAAAAUAACAAUAACAGUCCAUUUCAAGGAAAAUAUUUAAAUAUCUAGAAAAUAUCUACGUGUACACUGUACGAUGAACAUCUGAAACCAUUUUGAAACUUCAAAAAUAUGUUUGCAUUAAAUUCCCUUUGACUCUCUGAAUCAUUUAAUAAGCCUUAAAAAUACAAUAUACGACUGUUACAUAUAUUUAUUCAAUAAAAUAA